AUGUCCCAGAAAACCCCAUCGGACCCCCAGGGCCCUCAGCCAGCCCCUCCCAACACCACACAAGCUGAGACCCCAGUCUCUCUGCUAACUAUUUAUGGCCCCGGGGACCACACUCAAGAAUCUUCACCCUCCUCCCGUAGUCGCCGGGUGAGCAUCCAAGAGCCCCUGCCAAGCAUCCUCAGCCAACGAACCAGCAACCCAGAGCAUUCAUCAUCCCACAGCCAUCGCCGGGUCAGCAUCCAGGAGCCCCUGCCAAGUAUCCUCAGUCGACGAGUCAGUCACCAGGAUUCUCCGCCAGCCCACAACCGUCGCCGGGUCAGCAUCCAGGAGCCCUCACCAGUCUCCAGCUAUCACAAGUUCAGUCAGGAUUCUCCACCAGCCCCCAGUCAUCGCCGGGUCAGCAUCCAGGAGGAGUCUUCAGUAAGGCUCCUCCCACACCAGGCCAGUACCCAAGUCGCGACACCAAUUUCCUAUAGUCACCGGGCCAGCAUCCAAGAAACACCACCAGUCACCUACAACCGCUGGGUCAGUGCCAGAGAUGCACCGUCGGUAUUUCAGGAUCACCUAAGUCUCCAAAGCACUUACCCCCAGACCAGUAUCCAAUCCGAGUCUUCCUCCCAGCCAACCAAUACCCAAGCACCACCAAAACCUAAGAAGGUCAGCGUCAUCAGCAAACCAAUCCAGGUUGAUAUCCCCCCAGCAAUAAUCCCAAGCUCUCAGGCCAUUGUCAAAAGCCUUGAUUCAUUUGCCUUGGACUCUGAGGGGACCUCAAGAGAAGAUGUCUACAGUAACCAACUUGACCAAGGUGCCUUGGGCAGCACCACACAGUACUUGUCAAGAUACUCCACGUACAGUGGGUACCGGGGAAAGUACAGUCGUCAGUCGCUGCUGCCCAUAGGCUGGCGGCUGCUUCACGAGGCCAGGAAGAUCAGCCGCCAUCUGAGCCUGGCGCUGACCCUGGCUGGCAUGGUGAUCCUCGGUCUCAUCUCACUGGGCCAGCCCUGGGUCCACUUCCAGGUGCCACUGAUGCCCCCUGGGGGCCCCUCGAGACCCCCAACCAUCCCCAUAGACACCAUCCUCUUUGUGCGAUGUCCAGACAUCUCCUGCCUGCAUGAAUAUGACCAGAAUGCUUACCUGCUGGACCUUGCCUGGGCCUUCCUGGUCAUCUCCAGCAUCACCUGCUUCUGUCUGUUUGUGGGCCUCGUCAGCACCAGCUUCUUCACCAGCUCCAACCUGCCCAUGCUAGAUUUUUCCCUCUUCAUCUGCAGCAUCAUGUCAGGGACCAGCAUCGUCCUGGCUGUCCUGUUCUACCUACUACAGGCCAAUAACUAUCUGCAGGAAGGAAUGACCUACCGUCUGGGGAUCAGCUUCUACCUGGCUUGGACAGGCGUCUUUCUCUUCCUCAUCACCGGAUUCUUCUCCUAUCUGAAUUACAUCAAUUUCUGGUCCAUCCUGGCAAUGCAGGCAAUUUGGGCUUAG